ACCCACCCAGGCGUCCAUUGGGGGCGCAAUCCCAUUGAUGCGGGAUUUAAAGCGCGCACAGGGUUUUGUUUUCCCCCCAAGCAAACCCGUUUACACCGCAUGCCACUUUACUCCUAGUUAACUGCGGCUGCAACCUUGCACUCCAACCCUGCGCAAGCCCCACUGAGUUUAAAAGGCGCCUCCGUGCGCAAGUGAGGCUGCAGGCGGGCAAUCCUAGGCACAGGAUAGUGCUUCUUUCGCAUCAACGGCGAGCCGCGUGCCUGGAUCUGCAGCGGUGCAGCUGGACCUGUGCAAACUUCCCUCGGAUGUCUGAUCAUGCCUUGCAGAGUUUGCUUGGCGCGCGCCUUGGCAUCGCAUCCCCGGGCUCGCUGGUUGUUGCAACGUUUGCUUGCGCUAGGCAGCCGGGAAAGACCAGCCAGAUCCCCGCGGAUUGCGCACACGGCCCGCCCUGCUGGAUGAACGCGGGGGCGCCUGGCGCUUCUUGGGGGCAUCCGUCUGCUGAGCUCAGCAAUGGAGGACACAGCAAUCGGUCAGCAGUUCACUAAAAUCAAAGGUUCCGAAAGGGUGAGGAAGAUUGGCAGAGAAGAAGGACAGCUGGAAGAGGGUUCAGAUACGCAGCUGCCCCCUUCUUCAGGAGAGGGAGGGAAAAGCCUCGUUUUGCUGAAGACGGUACAUUUGAAGGAAGGUGAGGAUGAUUUCCAGGGGGCUCCUCCUGCCCAUCAGCACACCUUGACGCAACGAGAGGCAAGCAUCCUGCAUCCUUUGGAGGUGGUCCCACAGAGCGAAGCUGCAGAAGAGGAAAGCCUGGUGAUAAGUUUGCCGGAGGUUUUCUAUGCAAUCCAUGAAACGGAAGGGGUGCACACCCAAAGCCUGAAAGAAGUGCAGGCGAUAAAUCACGGAGGUGAAAGGUCACCGGAGAAGACCCCGGACGCCCUUCGGGUUCAUGUGCAGUCGCAGAAGGAUAGAAGUAAAUAUGCAAUUGCAGCUGGUGGCAAGGACCAGCAGUUCUUUGUAGUGGAGGAAGACGGAAUUGGCCGUUCCCUUGCGAUGGAGGAGGCAAAACCUCUGAGCGGCAGAAUGAAAAGAGGUGCCUCUCUGUGCCACAGCUCUGAAAACAAGGACCUGAGCGAGGCGCCUGCGUCAAAACAGCGUCCUGUUGUGACAAGCACCAAUGCUGCCAUGAAAGCCCACAGCAACAGGCAAGAAGGGGAUGCUCUGCACCAUUGCAGUUUGUGCGCGUUUGCCUGUUUCAGCGCGUCAGGCCUUCAUCGCCACGUGAAAAAGCACUCUGAGGAAAAGCCCCACCUCUGCCACCUGUGCCUUAAGGCUUUCCGGACCGUCUCCCUCUUGCGUAACCACGUGAACACGCACACAGGGACUAAGCCAUACAAGUGCAGCGAAUGCGACAUGGCCUUCGUGAGCAGCGGCGAGCUUUCGCGGCACAGGCGGUACAAGCACACCCUCGAGAAGCCCUUCAAGUGCUCGUUCUGCAACUAUUGUAGCGUGGAGGCCAGCAAGUUGAAGCGUCACAUUCGCUCGCAUACAGGAGAGCGCCCGUACAACUGCACCCUUUGCACCUAUGCUAGCAGGGACACUUACAAGCUGAAGAGGCAUAUGGUCACUCACUCUGGUGAAAAACCCUUUGAGUGUCAGAUUUGCAAGGCCAGGUUCACUCAGGCUGGAACUCUGAAGUUCCACAUGUUGCACAAACACGAGGAAAAUGUGCCAAAAUACCAGUGUCCGCACUGUAACACAUCUGUGGCCAGAAAAGGUGAUUUAAGAAUCCACUUGCGAAACCUCCACUCCUAUAUCGAAGUGCCGCUGAAGUGCAGUUACUGUGAAAAUGUCUUUCACGAGCGCUACGCUUUCAGACAGCAUAAGAAGACCCACACAAAUGAGAAGAGAUUCAGAUGUGACGAGUGCAGUUACGCAUGCAAGCAGGAACGCCAUAUGGUUAUUCACAAACGGACCCAUACAGGCGAGAAGCCCUUCGUCUGCGUCUCUUGCAGCAAACGCUUUCGACAGAAACAGCUCCUGAUGGUCCAUUUCAGGAAGUACCACGACUCCAGUUUUCAGCCAAGAGUGUACAAAUGCCCGAAAUGUGGCAAAGGCUAUUCUCGCUGGAAUAAUAUGCGCAAGCAUGCUGAAAAGUGUGGCGAGUUAAGGACCCUUCAGCCUAGCAAAGGGAACAAGAAUAAAAAGAAAGAAAACAAGGGGUCCAGCCGCGACACUAAAGAAGGAGGGACUUCUUGUGUUAACUCUCAAUUCUACGCUCCUCGUAUCCCUGCCGGAACAUGGGAGAAAAAGGAAGUUGUUUUGGACAACGAGAAAACUGGGGUGACUUGUGAAAUGAUCUUCGACUCGAUGGACAAAUGAUGCGGUUAAACACCUCUUCUGUCUGCUUGUAAAUACAUCGAGGCAUUAAGCUCGAUUGGCAGAUGUGUAGAGCAUUAUUCCCUGAAGGUUGCUGAAACUGCCUACGUUUUGCCAUUGUUCUGUUAAUGGCACGCAGGAAGUCAAGAGUAGGUUCGUGGAGGUAAAAUGCCUCAGCGAAAUUGUUCCAAAUAAUUCUGGCUCUUUCGCCAAGGACAAGUCACCUCUGAAUAAAUUGUUGGAUUUCAAAUAGCUUCCAUUCAGCGUUACAAGUUUAGUUAUAAAGAGCUGGAAUUAUAAUACAAUUUGAAUGGAUUCCUUUAUGGCAUGGAUCCCAGAUCUCUUUAGCAAAUGUGGCAGAAGUCAAUGGUGAUUUUUAAGAGAGUUUAUAGCGGUAUUGUAAUAGAUGUACUCAUCCCCUUAUCCUUUCUAAGCUAAACAGUGUUUCAGAAACUUGCUUGACCCACAAGGCAAAGUGUACCUACCCCACAAGAAGGAGUGCCUCUAUCAUAACACCUCCAGCACUCUUUAGAAAACUAUCGGCAGCUGCGCCGCUUAAAUUCUGCAAGUCUAUAAACAGACUGAAAAGAGGAAGAAAGUUUAUUUAAGGUUGCA